UGUCGUCGAUACUUUUUGUUGUACUUGUACAUUUUUCGCCAAAAAUAAUAAUAAAAGUGAAAAGUUAAUGUAUUUUUGUUUCACAAAUACAAAGAAAAUGUUGUUGGAUUGAUUGGCAAUUCCGCCAUUAAACGGCCGUAAUAAAAAACACCCAAGUGCAAUACGUGGAUACGCUGAGUUUGUUCUGCUGAAAACAACACAUAUAAGCGCCUCAUACUAAUCAGCUACUAAUCAAAAAUAAAAUAAUUAUAUAAAGAAAAGAAAAAGAGCAUCUAAAGCGCUUAAAGCCCGCCUGCCUGCCCGCCCGCCUGCCCACCUGCCUGCCUGCCAGUCUUGAUAAAAGAGAAAUGUUAAAGUCUAGCACAAAUACACAGGAAUUGCGUCUGCCACGCCCCGAGGAACAUCAAGGAGCAACACAUCCGCAUCCACAUACGCAUCCACAUCCGCAUCCGCAUCCGCAUACGCAUGCGCAACAUCAGCAGCAGCAGCAGCAGCCGACACAUCAAGUUGCCGCCGUGAUAGCCAACAAUAUAACAUCUGCAUCAGCCGCAGCAGCAGCAGCAGCCGCCGCAGCAGCAGCAGCCGCAGCAGCAGCAGCAGGAGGAGGAGCAGGAGCAGCAGCAGCAGCAGGAGGAGUUGGCAUCAAUAUGGAUACGCUAAAGACAACGUUUCUACCCAAUCUCAGCAUGGAUCCAAAUGUACACAGUUCGCACUAUUGCCCGAUGUGCCCCCAACAAUUCGAUCGUGCCCAGCAUGUUGCCGAGCAUAUGCAACUCUGUCACGGGAUCACCCUAAAUGCCCAGGGUGCAAUAACAACACUCGGCCAGCAUCAGCAACAGCAGCAACAACAGCAGCAGCAACAGCAGCAACAGCAACUGAAAUCGCUUAGCUAUGCGUGUUCCAACUGUGAUGAUAAGUUUGGUAGCGCCCUCGAGGUGGAUGAACACCAUCGGCUGACGCAUCAGACGGCAUUUCUUGCACGCUGCAUUGUCUGCAGCAUUUACGGUGUCAAUUCUGUGACGCAGAAUCCCAACGAAUACAAAUGCUCUCACUGCGGCGCUGUGUGCAAUGCAGCCAUGUUGGCCGCCGGCCAGCAAGCGUAUAUAGAACAUCAGGAGGCGCCGGUGACACCCGAUGAUCUGCCAGCGAUUGCGCCGCGUGACAUGAGACUGACGCCCGAGGAGCAGCAACACCAACAGCAGCUACAACAGGAGCAACAAUUGCAGCAGCAACAACAACAGCAGCAGCAACAGCAGGAUCAUCAUCAUCAGCAUCUCGAGCAGCAGGAGCAACAACGACAGCGUGAACUACAACAACAACAGCAGCAGCAACAGCAGGAGCAUCAGGAAGAUUUGAGUGAUCCGACAGCGUUGAAGGUGCCGCCGCUGACAGUUAAGCUGCUCAAGAAUGGCAAUGGUGCAACGGUAACUCAUCCCCAGGUGAUCAUCAAGGAGGAGCCGCUCAGUUUGAGCGAUAGCGGCGAUGUUGUCAAUGCAGUGCCUGUCUAUGCCAUACAAGCGAAUCCUGGCGUUCAACCGGCUGGCACACCCGGCGCCACAACCAGUGUCCUGGUCAGCACAAAUACGCAAACGGUGCCCGCUGAUCUGGCGCACAAGAUCCGGCACAAAUGUCCCGAUUGCCCCAAAACGUUCAAGACGCCCGGCACGCUGGCCAUGCACCGCAAAAUCCACACGGGCGAAGCAGACGCCACGCCCAAAGAACGCCCCUACACGUGCUCCUACUGCGGCAAGUCCUUCACUCAAUCGAAUACACUAAAACAGCACACUCGCAUACAUACAGGUGAGAAACCAUUUAGAUGUGGCUAUUGUGACAGGGCGUUCACUGUUAAGGAUUACCUGAACAAACAUUUAACGACUCACACGGGUGAAAAACCGUUUCAUUGUGGCUACUGUGAGAAGUCCUUCAGCGUGAAGGACUAUCUCACGAAACACAUACGCACACACACCGGCGAAAAGCCGUACACCUGUCCGUACUGUGACAAACGAUUUACGCAACGAAGCGCACUCACCGUGCACACGACAAAGCUGCAUCCGCUCUAGGAUAGGCCCAGCGGUGGGCGCACAAUAAUAGUUGACCCAAAGAAACCCUAAGUAACGAGAAUAUUCGAUUGUGGACUGGAACUACUACUGGAGUCGAGCAACUGGACGGGACUGACGGAGGAGCGAAGAGCAACUGAAAUGAAAGACGUUUUCAAAGACGACACAACUUUAACAAGCAUCGGGUGGAGACAAGCACGCAACCAACGACUGGCAAAUCUUCAAAGUGCUGCUAGACUUAAAAUUAGAAUUUUUGCAAUCUAAAAUGAAAACAAAAAUUAGUAAAAAACAAGAUGAAAAAGAAUAAUAAUAACAAAUAGUAACAAAUUGUACUACAACACACUCAAAAACACAAGAGAAAAAUGGCGUUUUCUAUUUGUUAAGUUAAUGCAAUCGAUAUUUGAUUUGGUUAAUUUGAUUUUCCUUUUUAUUGUAAUUAUAAUAUUUGUCAUGUCAUGUCAUAUACAACAUUAGUCAUAAUUUUGUUAUUCUCUGAGAUUUUAAUGCAUAUUAUUUUGUAUCGUAACGGAUAAACCUUUUUAUAUACGCACACACAUACAUAUACACCUACACCCAUAUCCACAAUCACACCCAUACACACACACACACACACACACAAUUUUACACAUCUCUACUAUUUAUACAUAUAAAGAGAAAUAUUUUUUAUCAAAUAUUUAAAUGAUUUAAACUUGUUUCAAGGUAAAACUCAUGUUGACGAUAUUUAACUACGCGCAAAACUUAAAUUAAUUAAUUUGUUUUAUAAACAUUAAAACACCAUUACACGCACACUUUAUUCGAACAAGAACUAAAAAAAAAAAGAAAAAGAAAAAAAACAAAACAAACCCCAAGUUAUUUAUUCUCAAGCUUGAAAAAUAUGAUGAAUUUUUCGAAAUUUUUUACUCAAACAUAGAUGAAAACUCUAAACGCUUUUGCUUAAUUUGCAUACGAGCAGGAUCUCGUUUGUUUGGCUUUAAAUU